AUGAGGCCCAGCCCCUCCGAGCUCAGACAGUACCGCCGCUGUCCCCAGCGCGCGGUACAGUUCCAGUCGGCCGCCGUCCCUGCAGGCCUGCAAAACCUGGGACCGGGGACGGCCGCAAAAGAGAAUCCCCAUGUGCUGGCUGUAGAUCUGGGCUGUGGGACGGGCCAGAACACCAGGCUUCUGGCUCCUCAUUUCCAAGAGGUGGUGGGUCUUGACAUCAGCGAAUCCCAAGUGGCAGAGGCAAGAGCCGUGCCUGGAUUCUCCAACAUCACCUACAGAGUUGGCGGUGCGGAGGAGAUGCCUUUCCCAGACAGCUCAGUGGAUCUGAUUACAGCUGCAACAGCGGCACAUUAUUUUGACAUUGAGAGGUUCCUGAAGGAAGCCCAUAGGGUUCUCAAGCCACAGGGCUGCAUGGCGCUGCUGGGCUACACUGACCGCUUUGAGUUCUACUAUGGAAAUUGUGAAGGACGACUCACUUCCAUCUACAGAGAGCUUGUGGAUGCCCUGUUACCAUACAGCACCAAGCAGAUCAACGUGGCCAAUUCGAUGUUACAGGACCUGUUUGAGGCUAUUCCCUACCCUGACAAAGAAAGGAUUGAGAACAUUAUAUUGAAGGAAUUGAGACCGGUGAGCAGUGUUGUGGGGCUUUGUGAGUCCUUCUCGAUGUACCAGGCGUAUCAGAAGGCAGAGCCGGAGGCUGCGAGGGCGCUGCUCCAGACCACCCAGCAGAGGUUUCUAGAGGAGAUGAAAGUCUCCUCCCCAGAGACGGAGGUGGAGGUCAGGAUGAAGUAUUUCUGCGUGCUGGCCAGCAAGCCGCGCUAACGAGCCAAGCAGUUCUGUUCUGAGCUCCCAGGGGCAGAUUUCUUUUCUGUAACAUUCCUGAUUGUCUUAUUUUCUUCCCAAAAGAUUUGAUAAAGGCCAGAUAUUUUUUCUUUCCAUAUCUUCCCCUCUUCCCCAGGGCACAGUCGCCGGCUGUACUGAUGGACAAAUCAGAGAGACUCAAAUCAAUCCGUCAGUCGAUCAAUCUACCCAUAAAUCAAUUAAUCUCUUCCUAAGACUUUCAAUCAACCUACAGCCUUUCUGUCAAUCAGUCAAUCAGUCAAUCAGUCAAUCAAUCAGUCUACAGCCUUUAAUUCCAGAGCAUGCUCAAGGGUCUUACAUAUAUUUACAUAAAUGUCAGAAAUAGAGCAAAUGAAAAAUACUACAAAAAAUCCAUGAUUGUGAAAUCAAAAGAAAUGGGUUAAAAAUCUACGGCUGGUUCUGGGCUCCUCAGCGUUCCAAGGACUCUGCAUCGUACAAUAUGGUACAGAGCCUUUUCAGAACAUGCCCACCAUCCAUUAAAAAAACACCCUCUGCUGGCGUUUUUAAAUCUCGGCUCAAAAUGUCCUUAUUUUCAUAUGCUGAGGAGCCCAGAACCAGCCGAAUGAGUGGAGUGAAUGAGCAGGGUCAGGUGGUGAUACUGUAGGAAGAUGCAGGCAGGCAGGAAACAGACUGUAGUGCCUGGAAGGUCAACACGACAGUGUUAAAGUCAGUGCUGUAAAAGAAAGGUAGCCAUGAGAGGAGAAGGUUAUUUGAGACUUUAUUUUAGUUGUUUUUUUUAGUUCAACACUGGAGCAACACUGGAGCAACACAGUUCUGGACAUAUUGUAGAUUCUGAAGUAAUUUCUUGUCUAAUCCAGCUAGGAAAGCAUUUCAGUAAUCCAGACUUCAGGAGUUGAAAGCUUGAACUAAAUGGGAUUUGUUCCGCUAUUGGAAGAAUGAAAAAUUGGGGAGAGUCAGAAAUCAUCCCUUACCUUUUAACAUAUUUGAUACAAAACAAGUUCUGUAUCUCCAAAAGCGAUUGAGACGGUCUAAUUUUGAGACUUGAUGGGGAGAGACUAUUAAAAUCUCUGUUUUAUACCUGUUUAGUUGGAGAUAAUUUUGAGCCUUCCACAAAUGUGGCCUGAUAGCAACAUUGAAAUAUUGGCAGGGCCGGGAGACGGCGGGGGCAGAGUCUGAUUUAGUGUCUCCAGGGUGCAGUCGAAACGCGCCUAGAACUCAGGCCCUAACCAUAACCAGAAUCCAAGGAGGUCAGGAAAUAGAGCAGGGGAAGAAAAACCCCAAAGGAGAAGGGGCUGCCAAGUAGCGUCGGCGUCCUCGCUCUCUCCAGCAGAACUCGGCAGGCGAUAACGGGGUUCCCAUGAGUGAGGCUCCUCCGCUCUCACUGGCGGUGCUGUGGCUUCACAGGGCUGCUGUUAUAUGGAGGUCCAUGUGCCGGGCAGAGGAUAGGGGAUAUUCGGGUUACUGUUCACAUGGUGCUCCUGGGCUAUGUUUGGGAGAAUCCCACAGCUGGCUAAUGACCUAAAUGUCCCAGACUCUAACUUUUCAUAUUUUAAAUAAAUUGAAAGUAUGAGCAUAUUUAGAUGAAGGUUUCACAUUUUUUCUUUUCUUUUUUUUUUUUAACUUUUCAUCUGGGGGUUGACCACUAACUCUUCCUUUGCAGCUUGCUUACUUGUGCAGCUGUGUGCUCUAACCUCUGUACAUAGGCAUGACGCAGCGGGAUGUGUACCUGCAGGAAAAAUUCCAACUGUAUACAGAACGUGUUUUUAAAACACUCGUCACAGAUUGAAGUUUAUUUUAUCAUGGGCGCCUGGUAAAUUCAAUUAAAUGUAAAUUUAACUUGUGCAGUUUUUGCUGUUUCAAUCAGUAUUUUCCUGUGUUAGCUGGUAUGGGGGGAAACAGUGCUGGAGAGGACAUACCCCCCCUGUGAUGGAAGAAAAAGGGAGAAGAUAAAGUCUCAGAGGACCCCUCAGAGAUACAGUCUGUCUGAUUGCUAGAGAGAUCGGGGGCUGGUGAGAGGGAUCAGUUUAAUACACUGAUUACAAUAAUGAAAGUGACAAGCUGGUUUGUGGCAUGGUUACCUUUUCCAACAUCGCAGACAAUAUGUUCUACUGAGGAGGGGAGUUGAUGCACAAUUUAUUUCAAUUUCAAUUUAUUUUUAUAUAGCGCCAUUCACAACAACGUUGCCCCCAAGGCCCUUAACAAAGCUGAGUGACACUAUUUCAUGGCAUUACAAUAUGGAAAGAGAAAAGGCCAGAAGACAACGGAGGAGAGGAGCAAAAACUAAAGGAGGAGAAAAAACCUCUAGGGGUCCAUGGUCAACUGGCUGCCCAACCCCUCUGGCCAUGCUAACAUUAUACAAUUUAAAAAAAGUACUAAAUGUAGAGUAUGAAGUCUUCCAUCAUGUCCUUCUGUGUGCCAAUACUCCAUGCAGCUCUCCAGACUCGCAAACCCUUUUUAAUCUGUACACAGGUUCAAAGUCCUAUCUGGUGAAUGGGAUGUUAAUGUUGUCCAGAUCCAGUCUCGCUGCUGUGGUAUGAGAAAAACCUCCUUCAGUGAUAACAGGCUAAGGUUACCCAAUGUUCUGAGUUUUUGUUAGGACAAGUGUUGGGGGCAGACUACCUUUUAAAAAGUAACCCAGUGAAGUUACAUAUUACUUGUGUAAGGGAAUACAGUUGUCAAUGAGAAGUUGGAAGUAAUUGCUUUUCAGUGGUAAUGUGUUUCUUUAUGUUGUAAAGAUACACACGUUGCAUACAUCACUUUAACAAUUAACUUCUUAAAAUAAUUUCCCCGAAGCGUUUGCAUUUCCUACAAGAGCUAAUCCUUUUACACAAUCCACCGUACGCAGGCAGCUUGAGCAUUAUUGGACCACGUGUCAAAUAUAAUUUUUGCCGACACUGGAUUUGACAGAAAAAAAAACUCCCAAUAACUCUUGUACAAAUCCAGACUGAAGACCUAUUACUUCGGCCUAUCCUAAUGAGCGCCUUGGGGCAUCCUUGCUGUGAAAGGCGCUAUAUAAAAAUACAUUGAAUUGAACCGAACGAGAUGGGGAGGACAUUUUCCCAUUUGAGAGUUGUUUUUUUUAAUGCAUAAACAAUAACAAAAAAAAUACAAUACAAACAAGAGCACAUUUAACAUUUCAAGCCAAAAACAUCGUCAGGGGUCCACAUUACAAAAUAAAUUCAAAUUGCGGAAUAAAGUUUAAACAACUUAAAUAAAGAUAACGCCCGCACCGCUUUCAUAUUUUUACAGUUUGAAAUAGUCUGUAGAUAUUCCUUUACAUCCAUUUUAAAACGCUCAAACGUUUUACUGUGUACUGUGUGAGAAGCUCUGCGGGAGACGCACAAGAACAGCUGUCUUCGGCUCUGGGCUGGCAGAAUGUGACCCUGACAGUGCUGAGUGCGCGGGGCAGUCUAGGAGCUCCGUGAAGUUGGUCCCCCUACACACAGCACAAACCAUGAAACCCACCUCAUUCGUGUGCUGCUUUCGUUUCCGACAUAUAGCCUUGGUUUUUCGGGUAAUCACGUGAAUAUCUACAAGGAAGUUUACAGGUACCAACAAACUCGAUACUUGAACUCCUGAUUCUGACGAAAACAAUGGGGGCAAUUUGUUUUCCUAGUCUGUCUGCUCGGGUGGGGUGGAUGUUUCCUCUGUCGCUCUGUGACGUACAGAACAGCAAGGUCACGACCACCAGAUCUUUCAGUUGUGAUCUUUUGAUCAGUUGAUCCCAGACUUUGCAGCCUUUACGCGAAUAAACAGUCUUACAUUU